CCAAAACGACACAAUCGCGCACUCUGGGGUUUUCUGACUUUCGCACCACUGCCAACAAUCCUUGUGAGCUUGCUGUCGCUUCGAGUAAACUUCUAAAUCCGGCGUUGGCGACGACACAGCGGGGGCCUGGUGACUAUGGCGGCCGCGGCCACGGCGAGCAGCCAGGGUCGGCCGCUGGCGCUGCCGCGGACCAUCACCCUGCGUAACGGGGUGGAGCUGCCGACUGUGGGUUUGGGCACGUUCAAGGCGGGCGGGGACGAGGCGCGGGGUGCGGUGCUGGCGGCGCUGAAGGCGGGCAUACGGCACAUUGACACGGCCUCCAUCUACAAGAACGAGGCGCCCAUUCGCGAGGCGCUGGCGGCCAGCGGGCUGCCCCGCGGCUCCGUGUUCCUGACCAGCAAGGUGUCGCCGUACGAGCAGGGCGCGGGGCGGGCGCGGCAGGCGGUGGAGGGCAUACUGGAGCGCCUGGGGACCGACUACGUGGACCUGGUUCUGGUGCACUGGCCGGGUGUGGCGCGCACGCCGCCCGACAGCGCCGCCAAUGCGCAGCAGCGCGCCGCCACCUGGAGCGAGCUGCAGCAGCUGUACCGGGAGGGCCGUGUGCGCUCCCUGGGCGUGUCCAACUACGAGGAGCGCCACGUGGCGGAGCUGAUGGCGGACCCGGCGGCGGAGGUCAAACCCAUGGUGAACCAGUUUGAGGUGCACCCGCGGCGGCCGCGCAGGGAGCUGCGCCAGCUGUGCAAGCAGGAAGGCAUCGCGGUGGUGGCCUACGCCUCCCUGGGCUGCGGCGACCUGCUGACUGCGCCCCCCGUGCGGCGGGCGGCGGCGGCGGUGGCGCGCAGUCCCGCACAGGUGCUGCUGCGCUGGGCGCUGCAGGAGGGCUGUGCCGUCAUCCCCAAGUCGGUGCGGCCGGAGCGGCUGGCGGAGUGGACCGAGCCGCAGCUGCUGGGGGCGGACUGGGGGCUCAGCGGGGAGCAGAUGGCCGCGCUGGCCGCAAUGGAGGACGGGCACAAGUACUGCUGGGACCCCAGCGGCAUUGUGUGAGGCAAGGGGGGGGGUUGUCGGAGCAGCGCGUGGGAGUAGCUAGCUCGUUGCGUGGGCGUGCAUGGACACUGCUCGCCGGCUGUUUGGCGGACGGCAGGGGUUGCUGGGCGCUGUUGUCUGCGUGUGUGUGCGGCAGCAGCAGAGGUGCGGGUGGUGGGCUGUUGCUUGUUCGGCUGCUGUUGCUGGCCGGGAUGGCAGUGAGCGAGGUGGUGGUGGCGGCAGGAAGCAGAGGGGGCGUGUGGGGCCAGGCCUGGCGGGCGGAGACAAGCUGUUUGGACUCUUUACAAAGGUGGGAGAUGUUUGGACUCUUCACGGAGGUGGGAGGUGGGUGCUCAGUCAGCGUCGUCGUCGCUGCUUAUCACGCGGUUGGACUGAUUUACACGAGUGGGCAGGUAGAGCCAUUCAAGUAUGAGCAGCACCAGAAGCACAGACUGACUUUGGACGACUCCCGCUGUAAGGAUUCAGCAGU